UUCAUCUCGCUCUCAGUCAGUCGCCAGCAGAAACUCGUCGGUUAAGCGCAAACUAAACGCCGGACCACUUGAGUCUGCAAACUACAUUCUUUUCGCCAACUAAAAGAUAAGUCUCCAAGAUAAGACCCGUGCAACGUGAGCAAAGUGAGAAUGCCAUCCAAGCAGGCUAUGCUAAUGGCAAACACCAGUAGUAUUGUCGGUUCCGUUCCAAACUGUACCAAGAAAGCGCGCCAAGUGCCCCAACAACAACUGCCUGCUGCGAUCUGUGAAAGCCAGUGAAUUUUUGUUCGUAAAACUCUCGGUGUGAUAGUGUCAAACGGGAAACGGCACAAAAAAUAAUAACUAAAAGCACAAACGAUUAAAUUUUUUUGCGGCAGAUUUUUGCCCACUUGGUUUAGUGAAUCAAAGAAGUAAAAAGAAGAAGAAGGUGCCUCAAGAAGACCAAAUAAAAACAAAACAAGCGGAAAAAUGUGGUCUCCUGAAUCGGAAAUCAACUCAAUUGCCUUCACAACAAUGCGGCACUCGGUGUCCGCUUCGUCUGGAAUAUCGACCCUGUCCAGCUGCGGUGACCCGGAACGGCUGCCGGAGCUUCCGCCCGGGGACGAGCAGCGGCUGCAGCGGGCCGCCCUCAACCUCCAGCAGAAGCUGAUCCUGCGCGAAUGGCUCAAGGAGCACCGGCUGCAGCACUUUUACUCGAGAUUGGUCUCCAUCGAGGUAACCUCGCUCGAGGACGUGUACUGGCUGGAGGACUCCCGCGCGAGCCAAAUUCUCGGCAAAGACUGGCAGGUAUGGUCCGCGGCGCGCCAAAAACUGCCCACCUCCAAGUCCAACCUGGAGGCGCUCAAAGCGGAUCUCUGGUCAACGGUGGUCAAAUCCAGCCAACACCAGGACGCCUGGACAUGGGGCGGAAUGUUGGUCGUGUCGGUGUCCGUGGCUGGGUUGGUCACGUUGGCGGCCAUGACACAACCCUCGUUGGCACCGGAAGCGAGGCAUUCGUUGCUGCAGUACGUAACGGGGAAGUAUUUGCUGCCGGCGAACUGCAAGGUCCACUGGGACUGGCAGGAUCCGGCGAUCGUGGGUGGGACCAUGUGCUUUACGGUGCGAUUUCACCAGCGGAAUGGGCAGGCUUACCCGAUCUGUGAUACGGACCAGUUCUUUGUGGAGGUGACCGAGGGUACGAGGAAGAUCAUCACGAUCAGCGAGUUGGGGUCACCGACUGACCCGAAUAAUGCCAACAUUGCCAAGAUCAAGUUUACCGUCCGAACGGCGGGUCAGUACAAGAUUUCUGUGCUGAUCGGUCAGAGUCACAUCGCUGGGAGUCCGUUUGUGAAGACGUUCAUUCCGGGUCCGAUGGACGCGAGGCGAUCGCGGUUGAUUCGACCGGCGAGUACGGUGGUCUGCUGUGCUGGUGCUCCGACAUUCCUGCACAUUGAACCGCGGGACGAGCACGGGAAUACGUGUCAGUUUACGCAGGACAGCGAUCCGAUCAAGGGGUACAAGAUCGAUAUCUUUGAUUUGUACGGGAAGUUGAGCGACAAGUACUGCAACGCGAUCACACUGUCUUAUGACAAAGUCAACGCGAGGAUCAGCUUGACUGCGCUCUUCCCGGAACCGGUGUGCCUGCGAGCGGUCAUCAGCUACGAAGGUCACCCGAUCCCGAACGGGGACUUUGACAUCAUCGUGCUGAGCAGCAGCGAUACGACGCUCGUCCACAAGAACAUCGCCUCCAGGAAGCACAACAUUUGCUACGAGGCCAAACUGUUUGGCAUCUACGGCCAGCAGCGAUGGUCCAAGCCGCGGAAGGUGCUCUGCUACGUCGGACCCAAGCAGGUCACCAUCAAGGAGAUGAUCCUCAAAAUCAUCCCGAAGCGAAUCGCCACCUUCCGGCUGUGUCCGUCCACAAAGUUCCAGUUCCUGCCGCCUCCGGCGGGCACCAACGUCCCGGUCAGCAACAACAACAACAACGGCAACGGUCACGGCGCGAUCUUCAUCAUCGACGACGGCUGCCAGCCCAAGAUCGAGCUGGCGUCCAAGGAGCGCAACGUGAUCGCGGCCACCUUUACGCACUUUCUGCUCAAGAACAUUGGCGGCUCGGAGACGUUCAAGGACAAGCAGGACUUUUUCUACCACGAAGUUCGCAAGUUUCACUCCAACUACUACCACGAGAAGAUCGCGGUCAAGGUGACGCGCGAGAAGAUCCUCGAGUCCAGCAUGAAGGCCACCAAGCACUUUUCCGUUUCGGAUUGGUGCGGCAACUUUGAGGUCACAUUCCAGGGCGAACAAGGUAUCGAUUGGGGUGGUCUGCGGCGCGAGUGGUUCGAGCUGAUCUGCAGUGCCCUGUUCGAUCCACGCGGUGGCCUGUUCUGUACAUUCCACGACAAAAGACAAGCCCUCGUCCAUCCGAACCCCAGCCGACCGCCCCAUCUCAAGCUGAAGCACUUUGAGUUUGCCGGCAAGGUCGUCGGCAAGUGCCUGUACGAGAGUGCCCUCGGCGGAACCUACCGGCAGCUGGUCCGGGCGCGGUUCUCCCGAUCCUUCCUCGCCCAGCUGAUCGGCCUUCGGGUGCACUACAAGUACUUCGAGCAGGACGAUCCCGACCUGUACCUGUCCAAGAUCAAGUACAUCCUCGAUACCGACCUGGACACCAGCGACAACCUGGAACUGUACUUCGUGGAGGAGAUCUACGACACCAGCGGACAGCUCGUCAAAACCGUCGAACUCAUCCCGAACGGGGCCAAAACGAGGGUCACCAACGCCACCAAGAACCAAUAUCUGGAUGCCUUGGCGCAGCAGCGGCUGUGCAACAACGUGCGCGAAGAGAUCGACAGCUUCCUCAAGGGACUCAACGGGAUCAUUCCGGACAACCUGUUGAGCAUCUUCGACGAGAAUGAGCUAGAGGUACGACCCAACGCCCAACCUAAACCUCAAAACAAACUAAAAAUCCCAAUCCAAAAUUUUCAGCUCCUCCUGUGCGGAACGGGCGAGUACUCGAUCGCGGACUUCCGGGCAAACCACAUCGUCAACGGGGGGUCGCCCGAGUUUCGGCGCGUGCUUGGCUGGUUCUGGGCGGCCGUGGGAAACUUUUCGCAGACGGAAAUGGCCCGGCUGUUGCAGUUUACGACCGGGUGUUCGCAGCUGCCGCCGGGAGGGUUUCAGGAAUUGAAUCCGAGGUUCCAAAUAACGGCAGCGCCAACGUUUGGAAAUUUGCCAACGGCACACACGUGCUUCAACCAACUCUGCCUGCCCGACUACGAGAGCUACGAGCAGUUUGAGCGAGCGCUCGUGUUCGCCACCAGCGAGGGCACGGAGGGCUUCGGAAUGGUGUAAAAAAAGCCGCAUCAAUGAUCUUUGUUGUUGAAGAAAGAGUUCCAAUUGUCACAAGAAAGCACAAACUUUUGAAGCAAAUUUGUUGAAAAACCAUGAAAAGACCAAAACUAUUUCAUACGCAGACAAGAGAAAACAUAUUUGUCAAUUCCGUAACAUUUGUCCAACAAUUGUCCCAGUUGAAAGGGAAGAACAGAAAACUACUAACCGAAAACUAAUUUGUAAUCCGUAGCAUUUGCCCCCUCUCCAGAGUAGGUAACUAGACAACAUUUUCCAAGUUUUAUCCAUCAUACCCUAAUAAGAGCCUUCUUCGAAAAAAAGAACAAAAAAAUAGAUUUGCCUAGCUGCAGUUUCACACACACACACAACCCUCAUUAGUUUUUGACGAGGAGGCACAAAACCGAGGUUGGUUUUUAAACAUGUUGUGCCAAAAAUGACAUAAAUCGUGUAGUGAAGUAUCUCGUAGUAAAGUUGUGAUGCCAGCAGUUUUUCCCCCCAAAUCCCUCCCUGCGCGCGCGUAAUUGUUUAAAAUAGUGCCAAAAUGAAAAAAAGAAAGCGAGAUCUCAUUCAAAUUUGAAAAAUGCGCCUUAACAAAAUGAAAUUGUAGGGAUGUUUAGAAAUUACCAAUUUAAUAAAAAGUAACAACUUUGAUAAAAACAGGCACAGCAAUGUGUGUUGAAUUGUGUAGAAGUAAAUUAAAAAAAACAGCAGCAUGUAAGUUAUACUAGUAGCAAUGAAAAAUAAUACAAACAUGUGAUUCGUAGCCGAUUAGGAGCAGUGCAGCGCGUUUAGUAGAAUCAACCGUUAUUGACUCAUCGAAGAAAAAAAAAUCACUCGAAACGUAUCAGCCAUCGCGGGAAGCCAUAAAUGAACCGAAUGUUACAAAGCGUUAGAAAGCUUAGUAUUCUACAUAUACGGAAUAUAUACUGUCCAUUUUAUUUUUUCUUUGAAUUUCAAUCUACAAAACGAGAGGAAACGGUUGAGCAAAGAACCCUAACAAUUCAUUCCAAAAAGAAUAAUAACAAACUUGUAAUAAUUACUAACAAAUAGAAUCCGAAAACAAACACACAAAAAUAAAACUCUGAUUCUGUGAUAAUUCAAGCAAGCUACACAAAAAAGCCAUCAAAAGUUUAUGUUCCAAGAGUUUAACCUCGAUCGCAGCAAGCGUUGAGAACAAAGGUGUCGCUAGUUGAGUUGGGAUAGGGAAAAGCUCCCCCUCGCCUACUAUGCAUGCGCGAUAAAAUUGUAGCGUUCGUUCGGAUGGUCGAAAGCUUUCAGACAUUGCGAAAAAGAGAGGAGAAAAAAGCUUCCAGUGUUUCAGUUUUGCAGGCAAGCCGCCUACUAAGUUAGAAACGAAA